AUGAUUAUAGAGAAGCUGAGGGACGGUGUCUUCAGCUGGAUCAGUGCGGGUGAUGACCUCGAUGUACGCGGGGACUUACAAACUCAUGCCGACAAGCGAUGUGGCGAAAGCUGCAGUUGGCUUUUCGAGGAUGAAAGGUUUCGGAAAUGGGCCGAUACAAAAUCCUCAUCCAACAUUUUGUGGUAUACAGCGCCCCCAGGAUCUGGAAAGACAGUCCUCUCUUCCACUGUGAUCAAGCAUUUUGAAAAACAAGGUCUUCCGACGGCGUAUUUCUUCUACUCUUUCAGUGACUUUACAAAGAGACAAGCCUCGACAGGAUUGAGGGCUCUCGCUCUUCAACUCCUUAACAUUCUCAAAACAGACAUUCCCGACCGAGUCAAAGAGCUUUAUCAAGAGGAAAUUGCCCGAUAUGCAAAGAACAUGCGCCUAUCAGCACUCACUGUUGAGGUAUUGCACCAGCUCCUGAACCAAUGUCCUCUGGCCUAUGUCGUCAUAGAUGGGUUGGAUGAGUGUAUGGACGACGUUAAGGCUCGUGAGAUGCUUUCUGUCCUUUUGAACCAGUCUGUUUACGGCACCAUAAAAUGGUUUUUCACAAGUCGCCCAGAUGGUCAAAUCCAGGGUAUGAUGGAUGGAUUGAAGUCAGCGACCAUAUCACCGCCGAUGACCAUUAUACAGACAGAGAUUCGUUCCUUCCUCACUGAAGGACUGGGAGGCAUGACUGACAUUAUUGAUGAAGUUGAAAGCUUCGUCGAUCACAGUGAAGGAAGCUUUCUUUACUCUCAGUUCCUCUUGGAUACACUUCGUGGGGAGGGUGUCACCUGCGAUGAUGAUAUCAGAAGAGCUUUGAAUGAGUUUCCGAAAGGGCUGACUGGGUACUACAUGCGAACCUUGGUCAAGCUGUGUGAUAAAAGCGAUGCACAACAGGAUCUAGUCAGGUACCCAUCUUCUCCAGGCAUCUCCGCUUUCGUAAACUAUAUACUAACCAACCCUUGA